UUGUACGUACGUACGUACGCACGCUGCUGUGCUAGCGGAGCUACAUGGAGACUCUCGGUACCGCUCGCCGCCUCCUGCCGCUGUGACCGGACCGACACCGACUACAAGCCACAAACUGACUCAGUGAACCGGUAACUUUCUCCAGAGAGCGUCCGAGCGUCCGUGUGGGGGCCGUCGUCAUGGCUCUGCAAGGCCCGGAGGAGCUCGGGGAGCAGGUCGAGGAGCCGGAGGAUCUGGAUGACCAGGACGCGAGCAGCAUCUCUCCGGCCGAGGAGAUCACUCUGCCUCCCGGGCCCGGAGGCGACGACGAGCCGGAGGAGGCUCUGCUGCUGCCCUGGGACCGCUUCGCCACCUGGCUGCACUGCAUCUGCGUGGUCGGCUUCGACCUGGAGCUGGGACAAGCGGUGGAGGUGAUUUAUCCUCAUCAUUCCAAACUGUCAGAGAAAGAGAAAACGAGCAUCUGCUACCUUUCCUUUCCUGACUCUAACUCAGGUUGCCUUGGCGACACCCAGUUCUGCUUCCGCUUUCGUCAGGGCUCCAACAGGAAGUCGUCGCUGGGCUGCUUCCUGGAAACCACCGACCGGGACGCGCCGCCCUGUCUGAAGAGGGAGCAGGGCCAUUACUACGGUUACGUGUAUUUCCGUCAGGUGCGAGACAAAUCCUUGAAGAGAGGAUACUUCCAGAAGUCUCUAGUCCUGAUCAGUAAGCUGCCCUACGUGACCUUCUUCCACUCCCUGCUGAAGAUCAUGGCUCCAGAAUACUUCGAGAAACAGGAGCCCUGUCUGGAGGCCGCUUGUAACGACAUAGACCGCUGGCCGACGCCACAUCCUGGACGAAUCCUGACGCUGCCCAUCAUGGGUGUGGUCAUCAAGGUUCGCAUCCCAACUUGUUACGACAAACCCGGAACCUCACAGCUGGUCCAGUCUGCACAGACGGACAGUCAGGUGUCCAUCGUGCUCCCGACCAUCCAUGAAGUCGACCUCUUCAGGUGUUUCUACCCGGUCUUCUUCCACAUCCAGAUGCUCUGGGAGUUGGUGUUGCUCGGGGAGGCUCUCGUGGUCAUGGCGCCGUCGCCAGCGGAGUCGUCGGAUACUGUGCUGGCGUUGGUCAGCUGCAUCUCUCCUCUGCGUUACUGCAGCGACUUCCGGCCGUACUUCACCAUCCACGACAGCGAGUUCAAGGAGUACACCACCAGGACGCAGGCUCCCCCGUCCGUCAUUCUGGGAGUGACCAAUCCCUUCUUUGCUAAAACGCUGCAGCACUGGCCGCACAUCAUCCGCAUCGGGGACAUGAAGCAAGCAGGAGAGAUGGCCAAGCAGAUGAAAGUCAAGAAACUGAAAAACCUCAAAACUCUGGACUCUAAACCCGGCGUAUACACUGCAUAUAAGCCGUAUCUCAACAAAGAUGAAGAAAUCAUCAAACAGCUUCAGAAGGGUGUUCAACAGAAGAGACCCUCAGCGGCCCAAAAUGCAAUUCUUCGACGAUAUUUCUUAGAACUGACACAAAGCUUCAUCAUUCCUCUGGAGCGGUACGUGGCCAGUCUGAUGCCUCUGCAGAAGUCCAUCAGUCCCUGGAAGAGUCCUCCUCAACUACGACCAUUCAUCCAGCAGGACUUCAUGAAGACGCUGGAGAAAGCUGGACCUCAGCUCACAUCCAGACUAAAAGGAGACUGGAUAGGACUCUACAGGCAUUUCCUCAAGUCUCCCAACUUUGACGGCUGGUUCCGCAACAGGAGGAGAGAGAUGACGCAGAAACUGGAGGCUCUGCACCUCGAGGCGCUGUGUGAGGAGGAUCUGCAGCAAAGAGUUCAGAUGCACUCUGAGGUGGAGACAGUUGAUCUGGUUCUGAAGCUGAAAGACAAACUGACUCAGGCGGAGAAGGAGCAGCUCCCCGUGCGUCCGGGGACCGUGGCCAAACUGCGGGCCCACAUCGACGCCGUCAUCCUGGCUUUACCAGAGGACCUGCAGGGCAUCCUCCACAAGCCCUCCACACCGUGACCUUUAACCCCCCCCCCCUUGUCUGUCUGCGACUCUAACCCCAGUUUGAGCUUGUUUUAAAGUUUUAAGGGGGGUGUGGAGGGACUCCCAUUUACUCGGACUGCGUCCCAAUUUGUGGACCUGUUUUUGUCUAACACGGGAGGUGGAGUGUGUUUUUGUUUGUUAUAUUUACUUUUUUUUUCUAAACCACUACUGUGGCGGCUCGGUGGAUUAAAAACCAAAAUUGCUGCCCGACAUAAACUCCUCUGAAGUGUUAACAGAAGGUGGCCGUCAUCACAGCAUUCCUCCUCUGAGCCUGUGUGGUAUUUGGUGAAGAGGAACCCAGCUGACCUUUGACCUUCAUCAUUUUUACCUCUAGACGUUUUUCACUUUUAACUCGACGACGGACUGCUGCAGUCCGUGGCGGGACUGACUCUUUUUUUUUUUUCAUCCAUUUUUAAGAAAUGUUUUUAAAAGAAGUGCACUUCAUCACUAACUGGACCAGUGUGCCCUUCACACACACACACACACACACACACACACACACACACACUUUAUGCAAACAACCUGAAUGAGCAGAGCCAAGCAGUGCUUUAUAAUUCAAUUUUACAAAGAUCUUAACACGUACACACAGAGCAUUAAGCACCAGCGACCCUGUAAUAACCGUCAAUGCAGUAAACCUCUCUUGUGCUGUCGAGCGGUGUGCUCAGGAGCCAGUCACAGCCCUCCAUCCAUGUCACAUGACCUUCGUGUAGCCUAUCAGAACAGCCCGAGGAAAUAUUUAAAAAUGUCCUGAAAUGUUCUUGCUGUUGGUUUGUAUUUUUUUCUGAAGACUGAAUCCAAAAGUUGUGUGUCACUCUUUGUUUUAUUUUGACUGAUUGAUUGUGAGGUCGUCUGAGGUCGUUUGAAGAAAGUCUACGAAGCUAUGGAGGCUCAUAUCUGCCAAGAAAAAAAAAACAAAAAAAAAACAAUGGUCCGAUAGAUGAGAUAAAAAUACUCACGGUCAGUUAAAAUUGUGAGACUAAGUUAAAAGUUCAAAUGGUGAACGUCUCCGUGACAACGCAACCGCGAUGCUGUUUUGGUCCGUUCACCACGCAACUUAAACUUUGUUUCUGGCAGCAAUGGGCUUUUAUAGUCAAACUUUCCCAAUGAACUUGAGCUUCUUGACUAAAUCUGUUGAGACCACACUGUAAAAGUUGGUCUGAUUUAAUUAAUUACGGUAUUACGUUUUUUUUUUUAGUUCCUUUUUAAAGAUUAUUUAUUUUGUGCUGUGCACAGAAGAGAUUUUUCACUCAAAGGGACAAAAGAUUUUUCAAUGUCAGUGAAAUUUCUCCAGUGGCGCCGACUCUAUAAACUUUUCUACUGACAAUUUCAGUUUUGUUUCCAAAAUCACGACAAAUUAAAUUUAUUAGAGUUAAAUCAUAUGUAAUAUAAUCAUGUGACAAAACCACUAAUACUUUUAGUUCUGCAUUGUAAACAAAAUAUGGAAGAGUUAAAUAUGGAAGUCCAUUUCUGUCAUGGUAAAAAAAAAAAAAAA